AUGUCCUGUACCGGAUUCGCCUGCUCCUCUGCCUCUAAAGUCAUUAACAGCCCCAAAGUCACUGUCAGCCGCAGAUCAGUCAAUAGACGUUCUGUGCCCAAUGAAGUCAGCGCCAAACGCCAGAAGAAACAGCCUAGAGACCAGUUCUCCAUUUUCUGUGAUGAAGAUUCCGAGCAACAAUCUCAACAAGGCAGUGGCAAUAUCAACAUCCAAUACGAGGGCGGCAGUAUAACAGUCCCAGCUUUGAGAGGAACUGUCGGAAUACUUCGUCAGCGAUCUUCCAACAUCAUGGGCAGAGCCAUCGAUCACAAUAGAUACUCUGGCCAACUGCCCGUUGUCACCAACCAGCCAGAUGAAAGCGUUUUUCACCUUCUUCAUGUUGAUCCCGAUGUGUACGACGCAGUAGAAGACCGCACGGUUGAGCAAAACCAACGCUCUGCUCGCUAUCUCUUAGUAGAGCACGCUCUCGACCAGCUUCACUGGCCUUCCAUCUAUGAAGACCGACUCAUUCUUCGGGAGAUCGUGGGACUACUGGACAUGCGCCGCCAGGAGCUCUUGGAACACGGCAUCAGCGUCGACGAAAAGUGGGACAUCUUCUAUCAACCAGAGACCUCGUGGGAUAUCGAGGAUGUUGCGUUAGCAGCCAUCUGCACCUUUGAUUACCUAUUUCUCCUUCGCGCUAUUGAAGCCACUGAUGCACUCGCUCAAUCUAUAUGGUUUAGCAACGAUGAAGAAGAGGUGACAAACUCGGAGAACAUUCCUCCCGUGGACUUGUGGUGCAGAUGA